CUGAUAGGAAGCAGACUGCCUGGACCUGCUAGCAGAGCUAGCUUAGAUGUGUUCUCCUGUCGUUAAGGCUGCUUAUUUCUGUGUCCGUAGCAACCAUGUCUUCAGCUCAGCCUUUAAGGGAGUUUAUCAAAGAUAGACUGACCGCUGCUGCAGAGGAAAUAUUCACAGAGUUUGAUAAAAUUAUCGUCCAAUAUGAGGAAGAGCUGGAUCGUCAGCGCAGACUGCUGGAAAUCUGCUUGAAACCCCAAAUAAACCUUCAGAGUAUUGAUCUUCCAUGGCAUUAUGUCUGCAAGGAGGAGGAGGAAAUCAACGACCUGCAGUUCUGCCACCAGAACAGCAAUUCCAUUAUGAGUCCUCAGCAAACAAAAGAGAUGAAGGUUGAAGCAGAACCUCAGGAGGAAGUGAUGGAUGUAGAACUCCCACAGAUAAAGGACGAAGAAGAGGAAUUUGUUAUUGGUUUGGAGAAAGAGCAGCUUGAAUUGAAGCAGGAAACUGAUACAAUAUCAGUAAAUUCUACUUAUGGGGAAAAAGACCACAGAGACCAACACCUUCUUCAGAUCCCUUAUGAAUCCGAGAACCAAGAAAUAAUAAAUGACUCAGGAUCAAAUAAAGAACCCAAACCGAAAACAAUUCAUCAAAGCAUCAGAGGUUACAAUGAGAGUGUAAAACUUCCAAAUGUAAAAAGAUGUAAGAUAACAAGCACAAAUCAGAAUCUCUGUUCUUGUAGAUUUUGUGGUAAACUUUUUGGUCGGACGAAUUUACCUAAACAUGUCAGAACUCAUACAGGGGAAAAGCCAUUUUCCUGUGUGACCUGCGGAAAAAAAUGUAGUCAAAGCGGUCAUUUGAAGGUUCAUAUGAGAACCCACACCGGUGAGAAACCUUUCUCGUGUUUAACUUGUGGAAAAAGUUUUACCAUGAGUAUGGCAUUAAUCCGUCAUACGAGAACCCACACAGGUGAAAAGCCUUUCUCGUGUGUGACUUGUGGAAAGAAAUUUAGUCAAAGCUGUCACUUGACUGUUCACAUGAGAACCCACACAGGUGAGAAGCCUUUCUCAUGUUCGACUUGUGGAAAAAGUUUUACUGUGCAGAUUUCUCUAACCCGGCACAUGAGAACGCACACAGGAGAGAAACCUCUGCCAUGUACCAUCUGUGGAAGACGUUUCGGUGAAGCAGGAAAUUUAGCUCGACACAUGAAUAUCCACACAAAGAAUUUAGCCCUCAUUCCGUAAAAGUUUAAAAAAUAAUCCACUGGACCUGGUUUCCAAGGUUUGAAGACAUUUCGUCUAUUUCGACUCAAACUCACUGCGAAUCCAUACAUUUGAAUUGAGAAAGCUUCCUGGAGGGGAAGCGAAACGUCUUCAAACCUUGGAAACCAAGUCCAGUGGAUUGUUUUUUUAAACUUUUACGGAAUGAUUGACCUGGAUGGCUGAGAAUCUUCAUCAGCAAAUCUAGCCCUCAGUCUUUAACCUUGGUUAAUGGGUUGAUGGGUUAAAU